UCUAGUGCGCAUGCGCACAUGGUUGACGUGCGCUGUCCGCUGAAGAAAAGGAUCGGCCGGCGCCAUGAGCUUCCAUCACACUCAAAGCUCGCGCUGAGACUUCACAAGUGUCACAACAUAGAUGUCUAGGGAAUGUGAGAGCGUCACGUUGCCCUCCGUCAACUGGAAUGAAAACGGCAGCGGAGGCCGAGGGGCAGCGUUUCUUUCAAUUUCGCUAGUGGAUACUUGUGGCGAAGUUGCAGGCUGCAUACUGUAACACAGCGCUGAAACAUGGAGGGACACUCAAGGGAAAGCGAGUGUCUGGAGCGAGAGCGCCAGUACUGCGAGCUGUGCGGGGAAAUGGAGAACCUCAUGAAGUGUGGACGGUGUCGCAGCUCGUUCUACUGCAGCAAAGAGCACCAGAGACAGGACUGGAAGAAGCACAAGCGGGUGUGCAAGGAGGCCGACAAGCAGCAGCAGCAGACGCCGCCGGCUGAAGAGCGCAGCCCCGUACAGUACAACACUUCAGAACCGUCCAACACUUCUCAGAGUAACUCUACCGUUACGUCACCCGGCGAAAGAAUGUCAGAUUUUAUCAAGUCCGCCACGCACUCUGAAACCAAACCGAGCGCAGACAGUGUGAAACCCAAUGGACAGACGCGCUCGCCUCCUCAGAAGCUGGCCACGGACUAUAUCGUGCCCUGCAUGAACAAGCACGGCAUCUGUGUCAUCGACAACUUCUUAGGCGAGGAGUUUGGACUGAGUAUUCUGGAGGACGUGCGGGCGCUUUACCUGACCGGCGGCUUUACCGACGGACAGCUGGUCAGUCAGAGGAGCGACUCGUCUAAGUACAUUCGGGGGGAUAAGAUCACCUGGGUGGAGGGGAAGGAGCCCGGCUGUGAGAGGAUAGCGUUUCUCAUGAGCCGCAUAGAUGAUGUGAUCCGACACUGUAACGGUAAACUGGGCAACUACAGGAUCAAUGGAAGAACGAAAGCAAUGGUGGCAUGUUACCCUGGCAAUGGCACAGGAUAUGUACGGCAUGUGGAUAACCCAAACGGUGAUGGGAGAUGUGUCACGUGCAUAUAUUACCUGAAUAAAGACUGGGAUGCCAAGGAACAUGGUGGCCUUUUGCGGAUCUUUCCAGAGGGAACCGCUCAGUUUGCAGACAUUGAGCCCAAGUUUGACAGACUUUUGCUCUUCUGGUCAGACAGACGGAACCCACAUGAGGUCCAGUCAGCUUAUGCCACGAGGUAUGCUAUGACGGUGUGGUAUUUUGACGCUGAUGAGCGAGCUCGUGCUAAAGAGAAAUAUCUAACAGGUGCAGGUGAAAGAGGUGUAAAAGUGGAGCUAAACAAGCCGUCGGAGCCCAGCUACUGAAGGAGGGAUGAAUGAAGUGGAGUGCGGGAGUUGGACCUCCAGAGUGCUACUGCCUGCUGCUGAGAGAUGAUGAGCAGAGAGGAAGUGACUUCUUCUCUCACUCACCUCUCCAUCUGUCAUCUAUAAGGGGCUUCUCAUAGUGACUCUGAAUGUGAUAGAGCUGUGAAGACAGACGUGCAUUAACAUGCUUUGUGUUUUCUUUAUGAAGAAUGCUGGCUUGAGCAUGAGCAUAGGACGGACAUAAUGCUAAACAUUAGAGAGUGUGUGUGUGAGAACUUGUGUUCAAUACUAAGUUUAUUUUGAGCUAUUUCCCUUCCGCCAGCUUUGCACGUGUUAAGAAAGGUAGUUUUGUUUGGCAAUGUGCAUUCACCGAAAAACCGUUUAGAAGGUUAUAAGCUCUGUGCGAAGUCCUGUAUGUGUUAUUCUGCUUGUAAGCCACUGUAAUUAUUGGAUUUGUGUUUUUGUAUGGCUCGUAAUACCGUUUUCCAGGCUCUCCUAAUUGGAGCUACACGGAACGUGCUUCUUUAUCAUGGCUUGCACCUGUUACAUAGUAACUGGGUGCUUUGCUGGAUUGUCCUUGCCAGUUAUCAGCGAUAUGUCUGUUGUUGCAGACGUUACAUGUCUCCGUCUUAAGCCAAACUUGACACCUCAUGUCUGUCUAGCAGCUCUGAGUUUUAAAUAAAAAAGCAGUUUUCCUAAAUACAGCUUUUUUGGCAGUGUGUGCAUGUGUUAUUGGCACCAUCUUAUGCCUCCUAACGGUAUUACCCUUGCUGUCACUAAAAGUCAUGUGAUGAUCACACACUGUUACUGUGUGAGUCCUGCAGCUCCACCUAGCGAUUUGUAGCUGCAAAUGCAAAUCUUGCAAGAGUUUAUCAGAAGAUAUAUCAUCUGCAGAUAUGAAGAAUUCUACUAGAUGGAGAAUGAAGACAUUUCUUUACAAACAAUGGUUUCAAAUAAUGCACAAUUGUCAACGUAUCACUUAAAGUGAAUUUUAAGACAUUGAUUUUGCAGAACAGCACUGGGUCACUAACACAUGGUGUGCAUACUUUUUAAAAAUUAGAUUUUAUGAUUGGAAAAGUCAUACAAAUCACAAUUUCCACAAACUAUAUUAA